AUGGCAGGGAUAAGUUUACUGCCAGCACUGAGAGCUGUGCUCACCACCUUGGUCUAUGCUGUCAUUAAGCAGCAUGCUGCCAGCUUGGAGAUGUGUUCACUGCCAUGGCCAGCUGCUUCAUCAACAUUACAAGAACCACAUAGUUCUACUGGAUCUAUGGCUUCAGUGCUCAGAGCAACACCGAAGACAAGCACAAGAAUUUGGGACACAAGCACAGCAGUGACCACUUCAACUUUAUAUUGGAGAAGUAGCAUUCCUUCAAACUUGUCCACUCUGAAAGGCACAAGAAACUCACAGAAAGCAGUGAACAUCAUGGAGGCCACCAGUUCUGCUCCCCAUAUAUCAUCUGAAUCAGUUGUACCUAAAAUCACAUUAUCUGCCUUGAUCCCUGAAGCCACUGGAAAAAGCACUGUUUCUAUUUCAGUGAAUUCAUCUAAUUCUACAAGUAUUGACACACAUAAUGUGGCUCAAUUAAAUAGUACUCUGCUGUCAGACACAUCCACAACUGUUACUAUGGUGGAAACUCACAUGCCUGAAGUGAUUUCAACCACAGAACAUAAUCCUAGUCCUACUAAAGUGUCCUUUAAUAAUUCUGUCAUUGUAUCUCCUGUUUCUGUCACCUCUGUCUUCACAGUUUCUAAGGACCCAAUCCCUACCAGAUUACUUACAACCUCAGGAUCUGUGACUCUUUCAAAACCAAGCUCCAACAAUGCCCAACUCUCCAAAAUCUCACAGACAACCUCUGUUUCCUCACUCACACCAGAAAACAGUAUGGAAGAUGGGACUUACACAACCCACAACCAACCCAUCAUCAUACCUACAUCAGUCUUACCUGAAAAGGAAUCUUUCACAACCAUUCUGUCCACCAUAGAACAUACCAGACACUCACCCUCACAGCCAAUCUCAUCUGAAAGUACAAAGAUUGAGACAGGCACGGUUUCUUCCUCAAGGACAGCAUUGACAGAUUUCAGUACAUCUGAAGACAUAAAUUCAACCACAAAACACAGUCCUAGACAUAGAGAACCACUUACUAUCCCUUCAAUUUUUGAAUCUAGGACAAGUACCACAUCUGCUGACAGCACAUCCUUGUCAACCCCUAAUCAGUCAACAUCAGAAGAUACUUCCACUGGAAUCUCCACCAGUCUCCCUACCUCUACCAUCAGUGCAGAAAUAGAAGAGAUGGCAAUACCCAUGGGACAUUCUCCAGUUACAUCAGAUAUUUUGACUUACCCAGACACAUCCAGUACUACCUCAGUCAAGGACAUCCACUCCAGUGGGAUGCAUACAUUUCCAGGUUCAGAAUCCAUGGUUCCUUUCAAUAGUCCUGCUUCAGCCUCAUGGACACUUACUUCUGGGAAAGGAUCCUUGUCUGCAAAUUCCACAACAACACCAGUGGUGGUUUCACGGGCCCCUGAUGCUUCCUUGCCAGAGAGUCACAGAAGUUACUCUCCCAAUUCUGAUGCCUCUGUUUCCACAGUUGCCAAGAAUCCAAUCUCAAAAGGCCUCUCUCCUAUCUCAGGACCUGUGAGUUCCUCUAAUCACAGUUUGAGCCGGAGCUUUCAGACAAACUUCUAUACUGCACUCAUCUCCAAAAUCUCACAAACCACCUCUGUUUCCUCAGUUACAACAAAGUCCAUUGUGGAAGACAGCAGUACCCUUCACCAACAGAAACAUAUCAACACACCUACAGCAGUCUUAUCUGAAAAUGAGCUUUUAGUCACUAUCCUACCCUCCUUAGAAGGAACCACACUUCCUACUUCACAGUUAUCCCCAUCUGAAAAUGAUAUUUUGACACAGAGAACUAACUCAUUGACCAAAGCACAGGAAAAGCACCGCACAUAUGAAGAGGUGUAUUCAAUCACAGAGAAGAAUCCUGGCCACAACGAAGUGCACACUAUCUCUUCUCUUCUUGAGCCCCAGACAGCAGCUGUGUUUGAGCAAAGCACAUCCAUCUCAAUGUUUCAUCAUUCAACAUCAGAAGGCACUUCUACUGGAACUUCCACCAGGUUCCCUAGACCUACAACUACCACAGAGUCAGAAGAGACAGUAGCCACCCACAGAGGAAAUCUGGUAAUGACAUCAAAUGUGGUGACUUCUGAAAGCAUAUCAACCACUGCUUCAAACAGAGAGACCCAGCACCCUGGGACACAGGCAUUUCUACUUUCAGAAUCUAUAGGCCAUUCUGCCAGUCCUCCAUCCCCAUCAUGGACUCAUUCAACUUGGAAGGAGUCCAGGUCUGCAAGUUCAACAAGACCCAUACCUGAGGCACCCUCACAUUCUUCAGUUCCUGCCAAUGGAGACAAAUAUAGUGUCAGUUCUCCUGCUUCUGUCACCUCUGUCUUUACAGUUGCUAAGGACCCAAUCCCUACCAGAUUACUUACAACCUCAGGAUCUGUGACUCUUUCAAUACCAAGCUCCAACAAUACCCAACUCUCCAAAAUCUCACAGACAACCUCUGUUUCCUCACUCACACCAGAAAACAGUAUGGAAGAUGGGACUUACACAACCCACAACCAACCCAUCAUCAUACCUACAUCAGUCUUACCUGAAAAGGAAUCUUUCACAACCAUUCUGUCCACCAUGGAACAUACCAGAUAUUCACCCUCACAGCCAAUCUCAUCUGAAAGUACAAAGAUUGAGACAGGCACGGUUUCUUCCUCAAGGACAGCACUGACAGAUUUCAGUACAUCUGAAGACAUAAAUUCAACCACAAAACACAGUCCUAGACAUAGAGAACUACUUACUAUCCCUUCAAUUUUUGAAUCUAGGACAAGUACCACAUCUGCUGACAGCACAUCCCUGUCAGCCCCUAAUCAGUCAACAUCAGAAGAUACUUCCACUGGAACCUCCACCAGUCUCCCUACCUCUACCAUCAGUGCAGAAACAGAAGAGAUGGCAAUACCCAUGGGACAUUCUCCAGUUACAUCAGCUGUUGUGACUUCCCCAGACACAUCCAGUACUAUCUCAGUCAAGGACAUCCACUCCAGUGGGAUGCAUACAUUUCCAGGUUCAGAACCCAUGGUUCCUUUCAACAGUCCCUCUUCAGCCUCAUGGACACUUACUCCUGGGAAAGGAUCCAUGUCUGCAAAUUCCACACCAUCAGGGUCAGUUUCACUGGCACCUGAUGCUUCCUUGACAGAGAGACACAGUAGUCAUUCUCCUGAGUCUGUUGCUUCUGUUUUCCCAGUUACCAGGGAUCUAUUCCCAACAGCUUCACACACAAGUUCAGAUCCUGUGACUGCUUACAUUCCAAGCUGGAGCAGCAUCUCUCAGCCUAGGUCCAACAUUGGACAUUAUUCCCAAACCUCACAGAUGAAUAAAUUGUCCUCAAUCACACCAGGGUCAAAAAUGGAAGCCAGAAGUUCUGGACCCCAAUUUAAAUACACCAUCAUACCUACUUCAGUGUCAUCUGAGAAUAAAGCAGCUUUCCCCACUACCCUUCCCACCACACAAGUAUCCACUCCUUCACCUACACAAUCAGCAUCAUUAGAUUAUGAAAAUAUUGGGACACAGACAUUUACCCCCCUGACCACACUGACACAAGCUAAUAUACCUGAAGUAUACUCAAGCACAGAUUUCACUAGUAGUCAUUCUCAAAUGUCUUACAGUUCCUCUCUUCCUGUAUCCAGAACAGUAUCGAUGUCUCCUGAUAACACAACACUUCCAACACUUCAGCAAUUUACACCAGAUGAUACAUCCAGUGGAACGACCAGACUCUAUGGAUCCAACAUUACAGAAUCAGAAGAACUAUCUAUCAGCAAGAUUGGGGAUUCUAAAGUAACAUCAAAUAUGGUCCUCUCCUUAGAAGCAUCACCAAUGUUGUCAGUGUCUGGCAAUCUCACUAGUUUCAGUCCAACUCCGCUAGUCACAGAGACAUCUACGUUUCUAAGCCAAAGUUAUGAAGUUCCAUCAAUUGCAAGUUUUCCAGCUUGGAAAGAAAGCCAACUUUCCAUUUCUCCAGGAUAUCUUCAUAGGCCUGCUUUACCUUCCCCUGUUUUAUCAACAGUAGAACACAGCACCCCAUCUCCUAGUUCUGUGGUUUCUGCCUUCACUACCUCUAGGGAGGCAAUCACAACUGAGUUGGGUAUACAUGAUUUAUCUACUUCAUUUCCAGAUUGGAGCAGUAGUAUACACUCAAGCCAAGAGACUUCACAGGUCACCAAAUUCUCACAGACAAGCUCUGCUUCCUCUUUUAAAGCAGAAGCAAUUAUGGAAGCCAGCACUCCCAUACCCAAAUCCAAAUCCUCUAUCAUUCCUGCAUCAGUUUCAUCUAAAACUGCAUUUUCAACAAUGUUCCAGCAUCCAUUGGCAGAUACUACAGUUUCUGUUUCACAGGCAACAUAUUCUGAUGCCUCUGGAAUUAUGACUCACACAGUUUCUUCCCUGAGCCAAUCUCUUCCACAAACUAUCAUUCUUGAAGAGACUACCAUUGCUACAACACACAAUACUGUUUUUUCUCAGUUGCCCCCAAGCAUGACUACUGGCCUCUCCAUUUCAGAAUCCACAGCAACUGACAGAAUCUCCACAAAAAACCCUCCUUAUUUCUCAGCAUCAGAAGACAUCACCACUGGAAGCAUUCCCAGACGCAUGAAAGAAGACUUAAACACCAUCUUUGAGGCAGGUAAUUCUGGGUCUUUAUUAUAUGAAAAACUGUCCAGAGACACUGCAACCACUAUUACUAUGACAGAAUUUGCUUCACCAGAACAUCAAACACCUCCACAUUUAGCAUUGAUAUCUGAGCCCAACAGUUCUGCGGAACAGUCACAUGUAAGUUCUUUACCCAAGGAAAAACACACCUCUUCAGAUUCAACAUCUAUUGUGACUGAGAAAACCACACCUUCACCAGUUACCUCUACAUCACAAGCACAAAAUGUCUCUUCCCUUGAUUUUCUGUCUGCACUUGUAACUUCUAUUCAAGACACAACCUCAACUGGAAAAGACAAAAAUGUAGUUUCUGAGAGCAUCUCAAUCCGAGGUGGAGAUGCCACAGGGCUUUCAACUCCCAGUCCUUCAUAUGACAUAAGAAACCUAAAGACAAGUCACAUUUUCUCAAAAACCCCAGCAAGCAGAGUAGAAACUAAUAGUCCCAGAGUGCAUUCUCAAGGUACUAUCCUAGAUAAUUCAUUCCUAUCAAGAAUAACAACUAUAAUUAUGACCUCACAAAACAAUGGGGAUGUAACACUUUCCACACCGACAUUCUUAUCUGAAUCUGCACACAGUGAAACUCAGAAAGCUUUUCCCCUAACUUCAGUAAAACAAGAAUUCACCAUGCCUGAAGAUAUUAACUUGAUGACAAAAUCUAGUUCUGAUCUUUUCACAGUGCCCACUAGGAUCUCCACUGGGCUUUCAAGAACAGAAGCUAACUCAACUGAUAGACUAUCUGUUUCAAGCUCUGCAUCCUUCACAAAGACAACAGACAUCUCCAUGGGAAAUACUCCCAAUAUCUCUACACUUUCUGUCCCAAACAUUGACAUCAGUCAAGUAAUUAAUGCUACAGAAUCAUCCAAAAUCACUACUCUCUGGAAUACCUCAGGCACUACUGCUGGUACUCAGGUCCUUUCAACUGUAACUCAGACUGUUCUCCAUCCAGACUCGAUGCUUCUUCCCAGCAGUUCUGAGUCACUGUCAUGGACUGACUCCCCAUCCCAUGAAGCAACCUCCUCUGUGAAUUCUGAAGAACUGCAUCAGACAACAUCACAUUUUCCUGCUACUUCCACAUCAGAAAGACAAAGUCUCUCCUCUCCUGCUUCAGUGGCCUCUACAUUCUCUUCUAAGGAAACAACUACAAAAGACACAAACUUAGCUUCUCUUACAACAUUGUUUCCAAGCUGGAGAAACAGUGAAUUAGUCACUUCAAAGGACAUCAGGACCUCACAAACAUCUCAUAUGUUCACCAAAACUGAAAUAACUAGUGUGGACAUAACCACUCCUGGACCCCAGUUCCAAAACACUGUAUCAUCUGAUCCUGUUUCACCAGAUGGGACUGCCUCUUCUUUGUUGAUAUCACCAACAAAGACUUUACCUUCUUCUGCUUCCUCUCUAUCACCACAGAGUUCAAUCUCUACUUCUUUACCUGAGAUGUCAUUUGCCACCUCUGAGUUCUCCAAGACAACAGACACGCUGAACAGAAGCUUGGAAACUGGAACAAGUUUGCCUCCAAAUUUGAGUAGCAACUCACUUGAAAUAUUGGGCUUACCUGAAGUUACUACUGAUACAGAAAAAUUUAAUUCUUCUUCAAAAUACAAAGUAACCAGCAUGAAGACUGUCAGUACAGGACAUGAGCUAAGAUCUUCUGUACCAACACUCCCUGAAUCUUCCAGGGAUACUUCUUCCUACAUUUGGGUGACUUCUAUGUCCACUUCAUUGCCUGCCUAUUUAGAGACUACUAGAUCUGAUUCUGAGCAAUUUUCCCAUUUGACUUCUGGAUUGAGAGACACUAGCAUGUCCCUACAAACAAACAGACCUUCAGCUCCUGUGUCUACUCUCAUUUUGCCAAAGUCUGAGACUACUGUCACUGCUGCUAUGAACAUAUCAAGCCCAUUGCAGACUGCAUCUUCAAAGUUUACUGAAAUUCCAGUAGAAACAGUCACCAUCUUACUUCCUUCUUCAGCUACUGCAGAGUCUACUAUGGCAACAUCCUUCUCAGAAUCCAAUUUUAUGAUUCCUUCACCAAAAAGUACUCGUGUUCCAAGAACUAAUAUACUACCUUCAGAUGAAACCACUUUUAUUGACACAACAACCCUUUCUCCAACAGAAGAAUUGGCCUCAUUUGCCACAACCAGCAUUUCAAAAGGCAACUCAGCUGUGACCUCGAGCAGUCCUCAUUCUAUAAUACAGUCAAGCCAUGUUGAUGUUUUGGUUUCCACUAUUGCAGAAAAACUGCCUUCUUCAACUUCUACACCACUGCCCUUUUCUGAUUCCACUAGCACUGACUUUACAGCCAGCACAGUCCUCCAUGGGAUUACUCCUUCAGAAACAGAAGAUGGCAUACAGUCCUACACAGAGAUGCCUGAUGGAGUUACACAUGGAGAUGCAGCAGGCCUGGGAAAGGGCCCUCUGGCUUCUACAUCAUUUGAUAGCCCUAAAGAGCUAUCCACAGAAGGGUCAGCAGAAGAUGACACCACCACCACAGCUCUGAAGGCUUCUUCCAUUGCCACUUCAACCACCAAAAUCUCUACUACAACUUCAAAACCCCUGACUCACUUCAAGACAGCAGAGAAAACAGGCAACAUAAACACAACAAAGAUGAUUAUCACAGCCUCAGAUGCUUCCCACAAUGUCCUAGGGAUCACAGCAUCAUUUUCCACAGGAUCUGGAGAAAAUACCACCAUGGUCCUCAGUACAAGACCACCUUCUUACAGUAAAGAACCAGAGAGCACAGCCCCAUGGAGCCCCAGUCUUAGGACAGAGACAAGCCAAGUUGUUUAUCCUUUGCCCAUAUCCUCUGGUGAGUCUGAUACAGUCUCAUUGGUCACACAUCCUUUAGAGAUUACUUCAGCUAUUGCCAGGAUAACUCAGAAUGCUUCUCAAGAUGAAUCAGAUUCCAUGGUAUCCACAGCCACCACUCCCAGAGGAGAAGUCAGUUCAGCCAUUUCAGCAGCAGCAGCAACAGCAACAGCAGCAACAGCCGUUUCCCCUGUUAUACCAGAUUUGGUCACUAUUGAACAAGAAGACAUACCAUCUGUUCCAAAUAUAGCUAUCUCAACUAGUAUUCUAAAUAUGAUAACAUUAGUAGGCCAGGGUUCUGAAGAAGAUGUAAGAACAUCUAAACCAAUUCUGAGUUUUCAACCUUCUGAAGCACAUACCAAAAUUUCUCUUAUCUCUCAUUCUGGGGAAAAGACUAGUUCACCAACAUCUACUAUUUCUGACUCUCCAGGUGUAACAGAAAUCAUGAGACCACUAUUCACUAGCUCUGAGACACAUAUAGGUACAAGAAAUCAAACUAUUUCCCCAGGUCAACCAGAGACCACAACCUCAUGGACCAUGAAUCCUGGAAUAGAAGUGACUUCAAGGGCGCUACCUACAACCAUCUCACCUAAUGUUCUAGACAUAUUGGCCUCAAAAUCUGUGAGCCAAGCUCCUAAACUACAGACCACAAUUUCACUGGUAAUGGAUGCUGGGGAAGAGGACAGUUCAGCCAUGUCUACUCUGACUGACUUCCCAAGUACAACAAAAGAGGCCACAUCACUGGUCACUAACUUAGGUUCAGAAAGCCAUGCAACUUCAACUCUAACCUUUCCCCCAGGACAACCAGAGACAACAAUAUCUUCAAUGAACAAGCUUGAAAAAGAAGUCACUUCAAGGGUUCUAAUGACAAAUUCAAAACUUAGUGCUCCAGACAUGAUGACCCCAACAAUCCUAAGCCACACUCCUUCUGAACCACAGACCAUAACAUCAUUGGUCACCCACGCUGGGGGACAGCUUGAUUUAUCCAUGUCUACUCAGGAUGCCUCUUCAGGUAUAACAGAAAUAACACCACCACUAUUUACUAGUUUUGGCACGGAAAGCUAUGCAAUGACUACAACUCUGGCUGUUUCCCCUGGUCGACCUGAGAUCACAGUCCCAUGGGCCACCCAUCCUGGAAGAGAAGGUACUUCAGGGGUUCUAUCUACAACCAUCUCACCUAGUGUGCUAGAAAUGGUGACUGCAACAAUUCUUAUUCCUUCUGAACCAUAUACUGCAGUUUCAUUGGUCACUGACAUUGAGGAACAGCCUAGUUCAGCCAUGACUGCAAGGCCUGUCUCUUCAGGGAUAACAGAAAUGAUCCCAUCACUGGUCACUAGUUAUGGCACAGAAAACCAUCCAGUGGCUUCAACUCUUGCUGUUUCCCCAAGUCAAACAGAGACCACAGCCCCAUGGGUCACCCAUCCUAGAAAAGAAGACACUUCAGGAGUUGUAACUUCAGCCAUACCACCUAGUGCUCCUGGUAUGAUGACCUCAACAUCUAUGAACCACAUUUUUUCUGAACCACAGAACACAACAUCAUUGGACAUUCAUGCUGGGAGACAACACACUUUGGACAUGAAUAACAUGACAGUCACUCAGGUUAUGACAGAAAUUACAUCACAUGUCAAAAGCUCAGGCACAGAAAGCCAUGCAGUGCCUACAAUUAUAGCUUUGUCCCCCAUACAACCAGAGGCCACAGCACUGGGAGUAACCCAUUCUAGAACAGAAGGCACUUCAAGGGUACUAUCUACAACCAUCUCAUCUAGUGUGCCAGAGAUGAUGACCAAAACUACUAUUAUUCCUUCUGAACCACAUACUGCAGUUUCAUUGGUCACCAAGAUUGGGGAAGAGCCCAGUUCAUCCAUGUUUACAAGGCCUAUUUCUGAAAGUAUAACACAAAUGAUACCAUUACUCCUCACUAGCUAUUCCACAGAAAGGCACCCAAUGUCUCCAACAUUGGAUGUUUCGCCAAGUCAACCAGAGACCACAGACCUAUUGCUCACCCAUCCUGGAAAAGCAGCCACAUCAGGGGUUCUAACUACUACCAUUUCAACUGAUGCCCCAGAAAUGAUCACUUCAACAAAUCUUAUUCCUUCUAAACCACAUACCACACUUUCAUUGGUCACCCAUAUUGAGAAACCGCCUAGUUCAGCCAUGUCCACAAGGCCUGUGUCUCCAGGUAUAACAGAAAUGAUACCAUCACUUGUCACUAGUUCAGGCACAGAAAGUCAUUCAGUGGCUUCAACUCUGACUGUUUCCCCAGAUCAAUCUGGGUCCACAGAUUCAUGGCUUACCCAUCUUGGAAAAGAAGGCACUUCAGAGAUUCUAAGUACAACUAUCUCACCUGAUGUUCCAGACAUAAUGACCUCAAUAACUAUGAACUACAUUCCUUCUGAACCACAGACCACAGCAUCAUUCAUCACCUAUGCUGGUAGACAUCCCAUUUCAUCCCUGUCUACCCAGGCUGUCUCCUCAGGAGUAACAGAAACAAUGACAUCUCAGUCCAGUAGUUCUAGCACGGUGACACAUGAAACUAGCCCUGCUGUAUUUGUUACCCCAGUGCAAAGUGAGUCUACAGCCUCAUGGACAACUCAUGCAGAAAGAGAAACCAAUGCAGGUGUUCUAAAUACCACAGUUUCAGUCAGUGUUCCAGACCUUGUUACUUCCACAGCUCUUAUACCUUCUGAACCACAUUCCACAGUUUCAUUUGUUACUCACACUGGUGAACAGCCCAACUCUACCAUCCCUAUUCUGGCCAUCUCUCCAGUUAUAACGAAAGUGACACCAUCACUGGUCCCUAGCUCUGGCACAAAAAACAUUUCGGCAGCUACAACUCUGGCAGUCUCUACCAAUCAACCAGAGACCACAGGUUCAUGGGCCACCCAUUCUGUAAAGGCAAUUGCUUCAGAUAUUAUAACUACAACUAAGCUACCUAGUGCUCCAGAGAACAUAACUGUAACAAGCUUGGCCAGCACUCCUUCUGAAACACAGACCAUAAUACCAGAGGUUACCCAUGCUGAGGCACAACCCAGUUUAUCCAUAUCAAAUCUGGCUGUCUUAUCAGGAGUAACAGAAGUGAUGACAUCCCAUGUCAGUACUACAAAGACAAAUAAAACCAGCCCAGCUGUAUUUGUUUUCACAGGUCAAACAGACAACACAGACUCAUGGACAGCUCAUGCUGAAAGGGAAAAAAUUGCAGGUGUUCUAAAUACCACCAUUUCAACUAGUGUUCCAGACCUCCUUAAUGACACAACUCUUAUUUCUUCUGAACCACAUUCCACAGUUUCAUUUGCUACUCACAUUGGUGAACAGUUCAAUUCAGCCAUGCCUACUAUGGCUGUCCCUCCAGGUAUAAAAGAAAUGAUUCUGUCACUGGUCACUAAGUCUACUACAAAAAACAAUUUAGCAGCUACAACUCUGGAGGUGUCCACAGAACAAACAGGAACCACAACUCUAUGGGUCACCCAUGCUGGAAAUGAAGGUGCUUCAGGGGAUUUGUCUAGAGCCACAUCACCUAGUGUUUCAGACACGACUUCAACAACUCUGAAUCACACUGUUUCUGAAACACAGACUAUAACAUCAUUGGUCACCCCUGGUAGUGGACAUCCAAGUUCAUCCAUGAAUUCCCAGUCUGUCUCUUCAGGUGUAACAGAAAUGACACCAUCACUUGUCACUAGCUUGGGCACAGGAAGCUAUGCAAUCACUUCAACUCUGGAUGUUUCCAUAGGUCUGCCUGAGACCACAGCUUCAUCGUUCAUUCCUCCUGAAAGAGAAACCAUGUCAGGAGUACCAAAUACUACCAUUACAACUGGUAUCACAGAAAUGAUGACAGCAACAACUCUUAUUCCUCCUGAAUCAUAUAACACAGUUUCGUUGGUCACCCACAUUGAGGAACAGCCCAGUUCAACCUUGUCUAUAAGGCCUGUGUCUCUAGGUAUAACAGAAAUGAUACAGUCACUGGUCACCAGUUCAAGCACAGAGAGCCAUCCUGUGACUUCAGAUCUGUCUGUUUCCCCAGGUCAAGCAGGGACCACAGCACUGGUCACUCAUCCUGGAAAAAAAGACACUUCAAGAGUUCCAUCUACAACCUUCUCCUCUAGCGUACUAGAAAUGAAGACAUCACCAAUGCUUAUUUCUGCUGAAGCACACACCACAAUGCCACUGAACACCCAUGUUGGGGGACAACCCAGUUCAGCCAUGUCUACAAGGCCUGUCUCUUCAGGUAUAACAGAAAUGAUACCAUCAUGGGUCACUAGCUCAGACAUAGAAAGCCAUUCCAUGAUUUCCACUAUGACUGUUUCCACAGAUCAUCCAGAGACUACAGCCCCAUUGAAUACCCAUCAUGGAAAAGAAGGCUCUUCCAUGGAUCUAUCUACAACUAUAUCAUCUAAUGUUCCAGAUAUGAUUACCUCAACAAGUCUGAACCAAACUGCUUCUGAACUACAAACCGUAACAUCAUUGGUCACCCAUGUUGGUGGACAUCCAAGUUCAUUCAUAUCUACUCAGGUUGUUUCUUCUGGUGUAACAGAAAUGACACCAUCACUUCUCACUAGCUUGGGCACAGGAAGAUAUGCAAUCACUUCAGCUCUGGAUGUUUCCAUAGGUCAACCUGAGACCACAGCCCCAUUGGUCCCCCAUCCUGAAAAGGAAGCCACAUCAGGGGUACCAAAUACUACCAUUACAACUGGUGUCACAGAAAUGAUGACAACAACAACUCUUAUUCCUUCUGAACCACAUAAUACACUUUCAUUGGACACCCACAUUGAGGGACAGCCAAAUUCAAUGUCUACAUGGCCUGUGUCUCCAGGUAUAACAGAAAUGGUACAAUCAUUGGUCACUAGCCCAAGCCCAGAAAAUAAUUUCAUGACUUCAAAUGUGGGUGUUUCCCCAAAUCAACCAGGGACCACAGCUCCAGGGGUCAACCAUCCUGAAAAAGAAGGUAUUUCAGGAAUACUAUCUACAAACAUCUCAUCUAGUAUACCAGAAAUGAUGACAUCACCAUCACAAAGUCUUGCUUCUGGUGAACCAUACACCACAGUGUCAUUGGUCACUCAUAUUGAGGGACAGCCCAGUUCAGCCAUGUCUACAAAGCCCGUCUCUCUAGGAUUAGCAGAAAUUAUAUCACCCUUUGUCACUAGCUCAAGCACAGAAAACCAUUCAGUGACUACAACUGUGACUCUUUCCCCAGAUCAACCUGGGACCACAGGUUCAUGGGUCACUCAUCCUGGAACAAAAAGCACUUCAGAGAUUGUAAGUUCAACUGUCUCACCUGCUGUUCCAGACAUAAUGACUUCAACAACUCUGAACCGAACUGUUUCUGAAGAAAAGACAACAUCAUUAGUCACCUAUGAUGGUGGCCAUCACACUCUGUCUAUGUCUACUCAUGGUUUCUCUUCAGGUGUAACAAAAAUGAUGACAACUUGGGCCACUAGUUCUAGCACAGUGAAACAUAAAACUAGCCCUGCUGUAUUUGUUACCCCAGUGCAAAGUGAGUCUACAGCCUCAUGGACAACUCAUGCAGAAAGAGAAACCAAUUCAGGUGUUCUAAAUACCACAGUUUCAGUCAGUGUUCCAGACCUUGUUACUUCCAAAACUCUUAUAUCUUCUGAACCACAUUCCACAGUUUCAUUUGUUACCCACACUGGUGAACAGCCCAACUCUACCAUCCCUAUUCUGGCCAUCUCUCCAGUUAUAACAAAAGUGACACCAUCACUGGUCCCUAUCUCUGGCACAAAAAACAUUUCAACAGCUAUAACACUUGAAGUUUCCACAGAUCAACCAGAGACCACAGGUUCAUGGGUCACCCAUUCUGUAAAGGCAGUUGCUUCAGACAUUGUAACUACAGUCAUGCCACCUAGUUCUACAGAAAAUAUAACUACAAUGAGUCUGACCAGCACUCCUUCUGAACCACAGACCAUAACAUCAUUGGUCACCCAUCAUAGUGGACAUCCCAGUUCAUCCAUGUCUAUUCAGGUUGUCUCUUCAGGAGUAACAGAAAUGAUGACAUCACAGACCACUACAACUGGAACAUCAGCACAUGAAACCAGUCCAGAUCUACUUGUUUCCCCAGGUCAAACAGAGACUACAUUCUCAUUGACAACUCAUUCUAAAAGGGAAGAAACUGCAAGUGUUCUAAAUAACACCAUUUCACCUAGUGUUCCAGAGCUCCUUAAUGCCACAACUCUUAUCACUUCUGAACCACAUUCCACCAUUUCUUUUGCCACCCACACUGGUGAACAGUUAAAUUCAUCUAUGCCUACUCUGGAUGCCUCUCCAGGUAUAACAGAAAUGAUGUCAUCACUGGGAACUAGCUAUGAUGCAGAAAAUCAUUCAACUCUGGAAGUUUCCAGAGAUCAUCAAGGGACCAUAGCCCCAUUGGUUACCCAUCCUGGAAAAGAAGGCUCUUCAGUGGAUCUAUCUACGACUAUAUCACCUAAUGUUCCAGACAUAACCACAACAAGUCUGACCAGCACUACUUCUGAACCACAGACCACAAUAUCAUUGAUCACCCAUGUUGGUGGACAUCCAAGUUCAUCCAUAUCUACUCAGGUUGUUUCUUCAGGUGUAACAGAAAUGACACCAUCACUUGUCACUAGCUUGGGCACAGGAAGAUAUGCAACUACUUCAACUCUGGAUGUUUCGAUAGGUCAGCCUAAGACCACAGCUGCAUUGGUCCCCCAUCCUGAAAGAGAAGCCACUUCAGGGGUACCAACUACUACCAUUACAACUGGUGUCACAGAAAUGAUGGCCACAACAACUCUUAUUCCAUCUCAACCACAUAACACAAUUUCAAUGAUCACCCAUAUUGAGGGACAGCCCAGUUCAACCUUGUCUACAAGGCCUGUGUCUCUAGGUGUCUCAGAAAUGACACAAUCAUUGGUUACCAUCUCAAGCACAGAGAGCCAUCCUGUGACUUCAACUGUGGGUGUUUACCCAGAUCAACCAAAAACCACAGAACCAUCCAUCAACCAUCCUGAAAAAGAAGGAGCUUCAGGGAAUCUAUCUACAACCAUCUCACCCAGUGUUCCAGACAUGAUGACCUCAACAAGUCUAAACCCCACUCCUUCUGAACCACAGACCAUAACAUCAUUGGUCACCCAUCAUGGUGGACAUCCCAGUUCAUCCAUGUCUACUCUGUCUGUCUCUUCAGGAGUAACAGAAAUGAUGAUAUCACAGGCCACUUCUACUGGAACAGCAGCACAUGAAACCACUCCAGAUCUACGUGUUUCCCCAGGUCAAACAGAGACUACAGUAUCAUGGACAACUCAUGCUGAAAGGGAAGAAACUGCAGGUGUUCUUAAUACCACCAUUUCAACUAGUGCUCCAAACCUCUUUAAUGCAACAACUCUUAUACCUUCUGAACCACAUUCCACAAUUUCAUUUGUCACCCACAUUGGUGAACAGCCCAAUUCAGCCAUGCCUACUCUGUUUGCCUCUCCAGGUAACACAGAAAUGGUAUUAUCAUUGGGCACUAGCACUGUAGCAGAAAACCAUUCAACUCUAGAAGUUUCCAGGGAUCAUCCAGGGACCAUAGCCCCAUUGGUUUCCCAUCCUGGAAAAGAAGGUUCUUCAGGGGAUCUAUUUACAACCAUCUUACCCAGUGUUUUGGACAUGAUGACUUCAAUAACUCUGAAGCACACUCCUUCUGAACCACAGACCAUAACAUCAUUGGUCACCAAUGCUGGUGGACACCCAAGUUCAUCCAUGUCAACUCAGUCUGUCUCUUCAGGUAUAACAGAAAUGGAGCCAUCACUUCUCACUAGCCUGAGCACAGGAAGUUAUGCAAUUACUUCAACUCUGGAUGUUUCCAUAGGUCAGCCUGAGACCACAGUAGCAUUGGUCACCCAUCCUGAAAAAGAAACCAUGUCAGGAGUACCAAAUACUACUAUUACAACUGUUGUCACAGAAAUGAUGACCACAACAACUCUUAUUCCUUCUGAACCACUGACCAAAAUCUCAUUUGUUACCUCUGCUGUGGGUGACACCAAUUUAGACCUAUCUACCAUGACUGUCUCUCCAAGUAUAACAGAAAUUAUGACAUCACAGGUCACUACUUCUGGGACAGAGACACAUGAAACUCCCCCAGUUCUAUUUGUUUCCCCAGGUGAAAAGGAGAUCACAACCCCAUGGGUGACACAUAUUGAAAGAGAAACCACCUCAGGUUCUCCAACUACAACUAUUUCAACUAAUGUUCCAGAUAUGAUUACCUCACCAACUCUUAUUCCUUCUGAACCACAUACCACAAUUUCAUUGGUCACUGACAUUGGGGAACAUCUCAUUUCAACAACCAUCUCACCUAGUGUGCAAGAAAUGGUGACUGCACCAACUCCUAUUCCUUCUGAACUACAUACUGCAGUUUCGUUGGUCACUGACAUUGAGGAACAGCCUAGUUCAGCCAUGACUGCAAGGCCUGUCUCUUCAGGGAUAACAGAAAUGAUCCCAUCACUGGUCACUAGUUAUGGCAUAGAAAAUCAUCCAGUGAGUUCUACUUUUGCUGUUUCCCCAAGUCAAACAGAGACCACAGCCCCAUGGGUCACCCAUCCUAGAAAAGAAGACACGUCAGGAGCUGUAACUUCAGCCAUACCACCUAGUGCUCCUGGUAUGAUGACCUCAACAUCUAUGAACCACACUACUUCUGAAGCACAGACCAUCGCAUUAGUCACCCAUGCUGAGGGACAGCCUACUUUAUCCACAACUUCCCUAGAUGUCUCUUCCCAUGUAACAGAAACAAUAUCACCACUAGUCACUAGCCCUGGUGUGCCAGAAAUGAUGAUCUCACCAAAUAGUAUUUCCUCUGAAGCACAUACCACAAUUUCUGUGGUCACCCACAUUGCAGGGCAGCCAAGUUCAACCAUGUCUACAACACCUGUCUCUCCCCAUGUAACAGAAACAAGACCAUCACUAGUCACUAGCUCUCAUAUGGAAAGUGAUUCAGUGUCUUCCAUUCUGGCUAUUUCUCCAAGUCAGCGAGAGACCCCAGUCUCAUGGGUCACUCCUCGUGUAACAGAAGCCACUUCAAGCAUUCCAAGGACAUCCAUCUCUCCUAGUGUUACAGACCUGAUGGCCUCACCCACCUUUUUUCCUUCUGAACCACAUACCACAAUGUCCUUAGUGUCCCAUGUUGAGGAACAGUCCAGUUCAGCCAUGUCUACAAGCCCUGUCCCUCCAAGUAUAACAGAAAUGAUGACAUCACUGGCCACUACUUCUGAGCCAGAGACACAUUCAGCUUCUGUAACUCUAGCUGUUUCAAAUCAAACAGAGACCACGGCCUCCUGGGUCAGCCAUCCUGGAAAUGAAUCCAUGUCAACCAUUUCUACUCUAUCUACUUUUUUUGAGCCAAAAAGAACUGAAACAUGGCUCACUCUUUCUUCCAAGCCCAACACACCACUUUCCACGAUAACUCCCACAUUUUCUUAUAGUGAAUCAGACAUUACCCCCUCAGCUUCUAGGGCAGAGAGCACUUCUGCUACAACAUUUUCAUCUGGUGCUUCUGAAGAAACAGCCUCUCUCUCCAUUCACUCUGGGACUGAAACCAGUACAACCCCUCCCCUUGUUUCAGCAGGUACCACAGGUUUAUGGGCUCCCAUCCCUUCAACAGAAUCAACUCUGACUAUGUCUCCUAGUGUCCCUGGGUUUCCUGGUGUUGCUACAACUAGCAAAUUUAGCAAUGCAACUUUACAGACCACAGAAACUUCUGCAUCUGUCACUACAGUUAGAUUUUCCAAUUUUGUCAGUGAUUCCACAAGCCCUGUAAUGACCUUGAUAUCAUCAGAGUCCUCAACAAGCCUGCUUAUUGACCUGGAAACUACAAGUGAGACUUCUCAUUUAGCUACCACAAGUUCAAGACCCACUGAGGCUAAGACCACAACUACACUACAUGGAAGUCCUUUUGCCCCUGUGACCACCUCUAGAAUGUCCACACGGUCUUCGGAGAAUGUGACUUCAAGACCAAGUACAAGCCCAUCUUUGGAACUCUUCACCGUCAACUUCACUAUAACCAACUUGCGCCAUACAGAGGGCAUGGGAUCCCAAGGAUCUGAAAUAUUCAACAGAACAGAGAGGAUCUUGAAUCUAUUGCUCAAGCCCAUGUUCAAGAAUACCAGUAUUGGGCACCUUUAUUCUGGUUGCAGACUGAUCUUGCUGAGGCCUGAGAAUGAUGGAACAGCCACUAGAGUGGAUGCUGUCUGCACUCACCAUUCUGAUCCCAUGGGCUUUAAGCUGGACAGAGAGAAGCUGUACUGGGAAUUGAGCCAUAAUACCCAUGGUGUCACCAAGCUAGGAUCCUUCACUUUAGAAAAGGACAGUUUGUACAUCAAUGAUUUUACCCAUCAAACCUCUGCUCCCACUCCCAACACUCCUGUGACGUCGUCUCUGUUUUUCCCAGGGACUUCCACCACACAAUCUAACCCCUCAACAGUGGUCACACCUGUCUUGGCACAGUUCACCCUCAAUUUCACCAUCACUAACCUGGAGUUCAAGGAAGACAUGCUGUACUAUGGAUCCAGGAAUUUCAACACUCUGGACAGAGUCCUCCAGCACCUGCUCAAACCCCUGUUCAAGACCAGCAGUCUGGGAUCUCUCUUUUCAAGCUGCACACUGAUGUCACUCAGGUCUAAGGAAGACGGAACAGCCACCAGAGUGGAUGCCAUCUGCACUUAUCACCCUGACCCCAAAGGCCACAGAUUGGACAGGGAGCAGCUAUACUGGGAGAUGAAUAGGUUGACUCAUGGUGUCACCAGACUGGGUCCCUACACCCUAGACAGGAACAGCCUCUAUGUCGAUGGUUUCACCCAUCAGAGCUCUGCACUUAUCACCAGCAGUGAGUAUUCAAUAGAUGUUUCAGUGACUCCCUAUCUUAUACCAAGCAAAGCUGGAGCCUUUCAUGAGAGUGCCUUGCUUUUUACUAAUGAAAGUUUCUUUGUAGCUUCUGAGACUACUGCAGGAAACCUGGGAAUCUUUGGGACUCACUCCUUCCCCAGAACCACAGCAAUGACCCAUUCCCUGGUGCCCUUUACCCUCAACUUCACCAUCACAAAUGUACAAUUCACACCAGUUAUGAAACAUCCAGGAUCCUUAAAGUUCAAUAAAACAGAGGCAGUCCUGCAGCGCCUGCUUGCUGCUGUGUUCAAGAAUACAACCAUUGGUCCAAUGUACUCUGGGUGCCAAUUGACCUUGCUCAUGCCUGAGAAGGAUGGAUCAGCCACUGGAGUGAACAUGAUCUGUACCCAUCGAUCUGAGCCCACGGGCAUGGGGCUGGAUCCUAAGCAGCUGUACUGGGAGUUGAGCCGUGAGACCCAUGGCAUCACCCAGCUAGACUUCUUAACUCUGGACAGGAACAGCCUUUAUGUCAAUGUGCCAGUCUCUCCUCUGGUGCCUUUUACCAUCAACUUCACCAUCACUAACCUCGAGUACGAGGAGGGUAUGCAUCACCCUGGAUCCUGGAAGUUCAAUGCCACUGAAAGAAUCCUACAAAGACUGCUCUGGCCUUUGUUCAAUAAAACAAGUAUCAGCCUUCUCUAUUCUGGCUGCAAACUGAUCUCUCUCAGAUCUGAGAAAAAUGGAGCAGCCACAGGGGUAGAUGCCAUCUGUACUCACCAUCCAGACCCCACUGCAUCUGAGCUGGACAAUGAGCAGGUGUAUUGGGAAUUGAGCAAGCUGACCAAUGAUAUCACCCAGCUGGGCCCUUACGCCUUAGACAAGAACAGCCUUUACAUCAAUGGUUAUACACACCAGAUCCUGCCCACCACAUCCCCUCUCUCUGCAACAGCAGGCCCUGUCCUGGUGCAUUUUACUAUCAACUUCACCAUCACUAACUUGCCAUUUGAGGAGGACAUGAGCCACCCUGGAUCCACAAAAUUCAAUAUCACUGAGAGAACCCUGCAGAGCCUGCUGAGGCCCUUGUUCCAGAAAUCCAGCGUUGGUCCCCUGUAUUCUGGCUGCAUACUGACCUCACUCAGAUCUGAAAAUGAUGGUACAGGCACAAGAGUGGAUGCUGUCUGCACUCACCGCCCUGAUCCCACUGGCCUGGAACUGGACAGAAAGAUGGUGUAUUCGGAGCUCAGCAGGCUGACCUAUGAUGUCAGCAGGCUGGGUCCUUAUACUCUGGACAAGAACAGUCUCUAUAUUGCUGGUUACACACAUCAAAUUCUGGGUACCACCACCAAGACUUCUAUGAUGCCCACUGCUUUUACAGUGAUGACUGCCAACUCUCCCAGCUCUACAGUGGCAGGGCCCACUCCACUGACUUUUACCAUCAACUUUACUGUCACUAAUCUGGAGUAUGUGAAAGAGAUGGGUCACCCAGGAUCCAGGAAGUUCAAUGCCACUGAGAGAACCCUGCAGAGACUGCUCAGGGCAUUGUUCAGUAAAACCAGUCUCGGCCCCCUGUACUCUGGAUGCAGACUGACAUUGCUCAGGCCUGAGAACAAUGGGGCAGCCACAGCAGUAGAUGCCAUCUGCACCUACCACUCCAACACUUCUAAUCGAGGGCUGGACAGAGAGCAUGUAUACUGGGAGCUGAAAAGAGUGAAUGAUGGCAUCAUGCAGCUAGGGCCCUACACCCUGGACCAGAACAGUCUCUAUGUCAAUGGUUAUACACAACAGAGUCUGGCCACCACCCACAUGACAUUCUUGGUGGCCACUGUUUCUGAAGGAAUGCCAAACACUUCCUCCAUUCACACAGUGACAUCCCCUGUCCCAUUGCCUUUCAUUAUCAACUUCACCAUCAUUAACCUGGAGUUUGAGAAGGACAUGGGCCAUCCUGGAUCCAGGAAGUUCAAUAUCACUGAGAGAACCCUGCAGAGUCUGCUUAGGCCCUUGUUCAAUAAAACCAGUAUGGGACUAAUGUAUUCUGGAUGCAGACUGACUUUGCUCAGGCCUGAGAAACAUGGAGCAGCCACAGGGGUGGAUGCCACCUGUACCUACCACCUAGACCCUACUGGCCAUAGGCUUGAGGAUGAGCAGAUAUAUAGGGAGCUGAGCAGUCUGACCCAGGGUGUCACCCAAUUGGGCCCCUACUUCCUGGACCAGAACAGUCUCUAUGUCAAUGGUUACACACAUCAGAUCCUGGCUACCACACCUAGAACCUCAAGCUCUGCUCAGCUGCUGUUCACUCUUAAUUUCACCAUCACCAACCUACCCUACACAGAGGACAUGUGGGUCCCAGGAUAUGCCAAGUUCAACAAAGCAGAGAAAGCCCUACAGCUUCUGCUCAAACCUUUGUUCCAAAAUACCAGUGUUGGCCUAAUCUAUUCUGGGUGCAGAUUGACUUCACUCAGGCCAAAGAAUAAUGGAGAGGCCACCAGAGUAGACAUGGUCUGCACUUACCUCCCAAAUUCCACAGGCACUGAUCUGGACAGAGAGCAGCUAUACUCAGAACUAGAACAGCUCACCCACAACAUCACUCGACUAGGUCACUAUGCCCUGGAUCAGAAUAGUUUCUAUGUCAAUGGUUACACACACCAGAUUGCAGUAACCAGCAACAGCAAAUCCCCCUUGGUAUUAUUUACCCUCAACUUCACCAUCAUCAACCUAUUUUAUGAGGGGAACAUGCAGCUCCCAGGCUCCCGGAAGUUUAACGCCACAGAGAAGAUCCUGCAGAGCCUGCUUGGGCCCCUGUUCAGGUACACCAGCAUAGGCCCUUUUUACACUGGAUGCAAACUGACUUUGCUCAGUCCCAGGAAGAAUGGAGAAGCCACUGGAGUGGACAUAGUUUGCACCUAUCAUCCUGACCACAUAGGACAUGGUUUUGCCACAGAGCAACUGUACUUGGAACUGAGCAAGCUGACCUAUGGUGUCACUCAGCUGGGCCCCUACACUUUGGAUCAGGAUAGUCUCUAUGUUAAUGGCAAUGAUACUAUCAUAGUACCCAUUACACUCAAUUUCACCAUCACCAACUUGCACUAUACAGAGGAGAUGGGACAUCCAGGUUCUUUGAAGUUUAACUCCACUAGAAGGAUCUUACAUUAUUGGUUUGACACUGUGCUGAAUAAGACGAGCAUUGCCCCACAGUACUCUGGAUGCAGAUUGGCUUCACUCAGGUCUGACAGCCAUAGAACAGCCACAGGAGUGGACAUCAUCUGCACCUUUCACUUUGACCCCAGGAAUCCAGGGUUAGACCAAGAUCAGUUAUUUUGGAAGUUGAGUCAUGAGACCCAUGGCAUCACCCGUCUGGGCCCCUACACCCUGGACCAGAACAGUCUCUACAUCAAUGGUUACCAUUUUGGAACUGCAGCCCCAACUACCACCACUGGGGAAGUCAGUGAAGAGAUGUUCACAGUGAACUUCACCAUCAACAACCUGCGUUACUCAGCUGACAUGGGCCAGGUUGGCUCCCCCAAGUUCAAUAUCACAGAUACACUCAUGCAGCACCUGCUUGGCCCUUUGUUUCAAAGAAGCAGCCUUGGGCCCCUGUACACAGGCUGUAGAGUAGCCACUCUAAGGUCGGUGAAGAACGGUGCACAGACCCAGGUAGAUGUCCUUUGCACAUACCACCAGGUUCCCAAUAGCCUGGGACUUCCUGCAAAGCCAAUUUUCUAUGAUCUAAGUUGGCAGACCCAUGGAAUUACCCGGCUAGGUCCUUACUCCCUGGAUAAAGACAGCCUUUACAUCAAUGGUUACAAUGAACCUGGUCCAGAUGUACCUCCUACAACUCCAGAGCCAGCCACCACCAUCUUGCUCUCCACAUCGCCAUAUCUACAGCCAGAGUCCAACACAGCUGUGGAGCAUCAUCUGAAGACUUUCACUAUCAAUUUCACCAUCUCUAAUCUUCCAUAUUCAGAAAACAUGAGCUAUAGCUCAGCCAUGUUCAACUCCACUGAGAGUGUUUUGCAGAACUUGCUUACCCCCUUGCUCCAGAAUAUUUCACUCAACCCAAGCUGCAGACUGACCUCCAUCAGGCCUGAGAGGAAUCAAAACUCCAGUAGUGUAAAUGUCAUUUGCUCCUACCAACAUGACUCUGCACAUCCUGGACUACACACACAGGAGCUGUAUUCAAAGCUGAGUCAUCUGACCCAUGGAGUCACUCAGCUGGGAAACUAUACAUUGGACAAAGAUAGUCUCUAUGUGAAUGCUGUGGGGCACCACUUGAAGACUAUCACAGUCAGCCUCACCAUUUCCAACCUUCCAUAUUCGGCAAACAUGAACAAUGACUCAGCUGUGUUCAACUCCACUGAGACUCUCUUAGAGAACCUGCUUGAACAGCUGUUCAAGAAUAGCUCCUUCAACUCAAGCUGCAGACUGGAUUCCCUCAAACCUAAGAAGAAUGGAACAGCCACUGGUGUGGAUGCCAUCUGUGCCUACAACCAUGACCCUGAAUAUCCUUGGAUGGACAUCCAGGGGCUGUACUCAGAGCUGAAAAAUCUAACCCAGGGAAUCACCCAGCUGGGCAACUACACACUGGACAAGGAGAGUCUAUAUAUCAACACUAUGGGACACCAUCAGCAGAUCCUCACAAUCAACUUCACCAUAACCAACCUUCCAUAUGCAUCAAAUAUGAGCAAUGCCUCAGCUGUGUUCAGCACAAUUCAGAGUGUCCUGCAACACCUGCUUGAACAGCUGUUCAAGAAUGGCUCCUUCAACUCAAGCUGCAGACUGGAUUCCCUCAAAUCUAAGAAGAAUGGAACAGCCACUGGUGUGGAUGCCAUCUGUGCCUACAACCAUGACCCUGAACAUCCUUGGAUGGACAUCCAGGGACUGUACUCAGAGCUGAAAAAUCUAUCCCAGGGAAUCACCCAGCUGGGCAACUACACACUGGACAAGGAGAGUCUAUAUAUCAUCAACACUCCUGAGCCAAGCACCACUACCCUUCCUUCUCCAUCUACAUCACUGCAGCCAGAAACUACCACAGCUAUGGGACACCAUCAGCAGAUCCUCACAAUCAACUUCACCAUAACCAACCUUCCAUAUGCAUCAAAUAUGAGCAAUGCCUCAGCUGUGUUCAGCUCAACUCAGAGUGUCCUGCAGCACCUGCUUGAACAGCUGUUCAAGAAUGGCUCCUUCAACUCAAGCUGCAGACUGGAUUCCCUCAAAUCUAAGAAGAAUGGAACAGCCACUGGUGUGGAUGCCAUCUGUGCCUACAACCAUGACCCUGAACAUCCUUGGAUGGGCAUUCAGAGGCUGUACUCAGAGCUGAAAAAUCUAACUCAGGGAAUCACCCAGCUGGGCAACUACACCCUGGACAAGGAGAGUCUAUAUAUCAACGGCUAUACUAAACCUGUUCCAGAAGAACCUCCUGCAACUCCUGAGCCAAGCACCACUACUCUACCUUCACUAUCUACAUCUCUGCACCCAGAAACUACAACAGCUAUGGGACACCAUCAGCAGAUCCUCACAAUCAACUUCACCAUAACCAACCUUCCAUAUGCAUCAAAUAUAAGCAAUGCCUCAACUGUGUUCAGCUCAACUAAGAGUGUCCUGCAGCACCUGCUUGAACAACUGUUCAAGAAUGGCUCCUUCAACUCAAGCUGCAGACUGGAUAUCCUCAAACCUAAGAAGAAUGGAACAGCCACUGGUGUGGAUGCCAUCUGUGCCUACAAGCAUGACCCUGAACAUCCUUGGAUGGACAUCCAGGAGCUGUACUCUAAGCUAAAAAAUCUAACCCAGGGAAUCACCCAGCUGGGUAACUACUCACUGGACAAGGAUGAUUUAUUUGUCAAUGGUUACAAUGAACAUAGUGCAGAAGGAUUUCCUACAAUUCCUGAGCCACGAACCACCAUCCUGGCUUCUCCAUCAACAUCUAUGCAGACAGAACCCACAAUAGUUAUGGGGCAUUUGAAGAAUUUCACACUCAAUUUCACCAUCUCCAACCUCCCAUACUCAGCAGGCAUGAGCUCAGCCAUGUUCAACUCCACUGAGAGGAUCCUGCAGCACCUGCUUGGACCCUUGGUCCAGAAUGAAUCCAUCUAUUCAGAUUGCAAACUGACUUCCCUCAGGUCUAAGAAGAAUGGAACAGCCACUGGUGUGAGUGUUAUCUGCUCCUACCGCCAUAAUCCAGCAUAUCCUGAGCUUGACACUCAGGAGCUGUAUACAAAGCUUAGUCAGCUGACUCACGGAGUCACCCAGCUGGGCAGCUAUAUGCUAGACCAGAAUAGUCUCUAUGUCAAUGGUUACACUCACCAGAUUGCAGGAACUACCUCUAGUGACAUGAAGCCACCCAUUCUUCAGCCAACAGAAAUCCCAACAAGUUCCAGCUCUCAGCAUUUCAACCUGAACUUUACCAUCACCAACCUACCCUAUUCCCACGACAUAGCACAGCCAGGCACCACCAAACACCAGCAAAACAAAAGAAGCAUUGAAUAUGCGCUCAACCAGAUUUUCAGAAACAGCAGCAUCAAGAGUUACUUUUCAGAGUGUCAAGUUUUAGCCUUCAGGUAUGUCUCCAACAGCAACCACACAGGAGUAGAUUCCCUGUGUAACUUCUCACCAUUGGCUCGACGAGUGGACCGAGUUGCUAUCUAUGAGGAAUUCCUUCGGAUGACACAAAAUGGUACCCGGUUGCUGAACUUCACACUAGACAGGCAGAGUGUUCUUGUGGAUGGGUAUUCUUCAAGCAGGGACGAUGAUGUGAUGAAGAAUUAUGGUCUUCCCUUCUGGGCUAUCAUUCUCAUCUGCUUGGCAGUACUACUGAUACUCAUCACAUGCUUGAUGUGUUGUUUCCUGGUGACUAUCUGCAGAAGAAAAAAGGAAGGAGACUACCAGGUUCAACGUCACCGCCUAGGUUAUUACCUGCCUCACCUAGACCUGAGGAAGUUCCCAUGA